AUGGCAAAUGAAUUUGUAGAACAAAUUAAUCCCACAACAACCUAUCAUGUUUUUCCCAGCCUCUCUCUAUGGAAACAAAUACUAGCUAGAACGUUAAUGCAGUCGAAGCUAUCAUCCAAUCAUACAGAUAUAGCCACGAUGGGAAGAUUGAUUCUGGAUGAAAUGGCCGAGAAUAAGAAGAAAGGGACGUUUAUUGUUAGGACAAGAUUCGAUGAUCAACAACGAGAUUGGCCAUUCGCUAAGGAUGACACCCUUUACUUCAGAAUCCGAUGUAGUGAUAUCCAGGUUAGUUUUGUUGGUGCUACGGGCAAUGGAAUUGCAAGUAGUGGUGAUGCAAGGAAUGGCCCAUUAUUCUGCAAGAUCUCUGGUCUCUAUUUUAAACGUACAGCGCACACAGGGAACCCCAUUUCACAGGAACAAAAAUCACUGAAAUACAGAAAACAAAGGCGGACGAAAAGAAGUGAAAGUUAA